GAAAUGACUGAAGAAUUUUUGUUGACUCAUUGAACCUGACUGAAAAAAAGAAAAGCCGGGUUUCUUGUUUCCUUUUUGAAUGAUGUCAGUUUGUUCCUUUGAUUACACGCUUUAGAAUUUGACCCCAUAGUUCGUUCAUGAAUGUAUUUUUGUUUUUGCUUUUCUUCACAACUGUGAUUUGAUUUUUAUUUUUUUAUUUUUUUAAGAGGUAUGGAUGUGAUUUUUGUGUGGUGCCUUUUUGUUUGAUCUGAAGUACUAAUAAUAAAAUAAAUGAAAAAAAAAAACAAAAACAAAAAAAAGCUCUACAGCUGUAACUGACGCAUGCGCAGACCUCACUUCCGUCACAGAUUUGGCAGCGUCAGUUUCUCUCAUUGGUCCAAAACUCCACUUCCGACAUAUUUAAAAAUACUCCGCUAAUUCCCUGCAACAUUUGUGGCUUUAAUUCAAACUAUUUAUUACAAAAAAGAUCCCUAAGCUCCUCAGAUGGAUGAAGUCUCGUCUCAGUUUUCGACAAAAGGAGUUUUAAAACGCCAAUUAAGUUUGAGAGUCCGGAAGAGAAGGAGCAGCGAGGACCGAUCAUCUGUGCAGGACCUCAGAGGCACUUUGAGACGGUCAUUGAGAAGAGGUAGCUCCUUCAGCUUCAUCACUCCAGCUGCACAAUGGGACCUGAGUCUGAAGAGGAAGAGGAGAGGGAGAGACGACAGUGACGUGGUCAGCCUCUGCAGCUUCCAGUUCAAGCACGGUGGAUUCUAUUUGGGAUAAAGGUGAUUUUCCGGAUAUCAUUCCCAAAGCGAUGGUGUCUUACGAUGAGCUUGGAACUUUGGUGCCAAUUAAAAGGACUUUGCAAGUGAUUGACAGCCAGAACCAAGCCAGCAAAGAACUCGAGGAACCCAGUAACAAGCGCGUCCGACCGGUCGGCAGGGUGACGUCGCUCGCCAACCUCAUCUCUCCCAAGAAUGGGGCCGUCCGGCGAUUCGGCCAAACCAUCCAGGCCUCUUUUCGGGGCGAUGGGAAAACGCCGGUCGCGCCCCAAAAACCCUGCUCCAAGGCCUCCGCCCCCACCCCCCCCAAACGCCGGAACAGCAUCCUCUGGUCCGAAAACCUGGACCUGCACCAGAAAGGAACGCUGUCCGCCAAGGAGAUCAAGAGGCAGGAGGCCAUAUUCGAGCUCUCACGCGGCGAGCACGACCUGAUUGAGGAUCUGCAGCUGGCACGCAAGGCGUACCACGACCCCAUGCUGAAGCUGUCCAUCAUGUCCGAGGAGGAGCUGACUCACAUCUUCGGAAACUUGGACGCGUUCAUCCCCCUUCAUGAAGACCUCCUCCAGCAGCUGUCCAAGGCCACAGCCGAGGACGGGACGGUGGGCCAGAUCGGACACAUCGUAGUCAACUGGGUGCCCCGACUGAACGCGUACAAAGACUACUGCAGUAACCAGCUGGCGGCGAAGGCCCUGCUGGACCAGAGGAAGCAGGACCCGCGGGUGCAGGACUUCCUUCAGAGAUGUUUGGAGUCUCCCUUCAGCCGGAAACUGGACCUGUGGAGUUUUCUGGACAUCCCCCGGUCUCGUCUGGUGAAGUACCCCCUGCUCCUCAAACGGAUCCUGAGACACACCCCGUCAGAGCACCCCGACGCAGCCAGCCUGGAGAAAGCUAUCAGUCUGAUCCAGGACGUUCUGGCCGAUAUCGACCUGAAGAAGGGCGAGUCUGAGUGUCAGUUCUACAUCGACAAACUGGAGUAUUUGGACGAGAGGCAGAGGGACCCGAGGAUCGAGCAGUGUAAGAGCCUGCUGUGCCACGGGGAGCUCCGCAGCAAGAGCGGAACGAAGUUGCACGUGUUCUUGUUCACGGAGGUUCUGGUUCUGACCCGGCCCGUGAGCAGAAACGAGCGUCAGUGCUUCCAGGUGUACAGACAGCCCAUCCCCAUCCAGGACCUUCUGCUGGAGGACCUUCAGGACGGAGACGUCAGGAUGGGGGGGUCCUUCCGAGGGGCCUUCAGCAACGGAGACAGAGCUAAGAACAUUUUCCGACUGCGCUCCCAGGACCCCACCCAGGCCCACUCCUCCCACACGCUCCAGGUCAACGACGUCUUCCACAAACAACAGUGGCUCAACUGCCUCAGAUCCGCCAUCGCCCCCUUCCGCCCCAUCUCGCAAUCCUCCCCCUGCUCGCCGUCGCCUUCCCACUCGUCCUCCCUCCGCCGCAGACCUUCCUCCGUCUCCGCCAUAGUCCACAUGGAAGAGACGACGGACGAAAACACCCUACAGGUCUCUCAGUCCGCCCCGAACUCACCCUGCUCCUGCCCCCUGACCCCGCAGCCCUCCAGACGCUCCCUGCCCUCCUACUCCACCACGGCGUCCCUCCUCAAAUCCAAAAAGGACAAGAAAUACAUCUACUCUUUGGGGAAAAGGAAAGAGACGAUGGUUUGAGUUGGAACUUUUUGGACAUUUUGUAAAUAAUCGGAAAACUCCUGGACUAUAUUUAUGUCUGUGUAUUAUAUUUACAGUGUUCCGUGUUACUGUCCACUCCCUGGCAGCUAUUAUAAUGUACGUACCCUCCAUUUUGAACGCAGCAGCUUCCACAGAGACUCACGGCGAAGGGAAGUUUGGCGUUUGAAUCAUGUUGUUUACUCCUAACGUAAUAUUUAAACUUUAUUUUACUUAUUUGUGGGAUUCAUUUUGCAGUUUUGUAUUUGAGAAAGCGUAGUGUUUUUUUGUAGCAGCACUGUUGAGCGUUUAAAAGGAAGAAAUUACAAUGAAAUGGUUGGAGCGUGGAGAAUUGGGAGUUUAAAUGUGAUUGGUUGGCUAGAGUUUUUACAAGCUAACAAAAUGGAAUUAAAGGACAUUUUUACCGUUUAAAAAAACAGUAGAAUCUUAAAAUCUUUAAAAACGUGUUAAACGUUUUAAAUACGACAAAUUUGCAUAUUAGCGUAACAACAUGAGCUAAAAUGCUAUUUUUGGUUUUAGCUUUUCCUAAUGAACAUAUACUGAUUGAUACCUUGUCAAUCAAACGUUAGUCUCUCCCACUUUGCUCAAACAACCAAUUGCAUUUAAGCACGUGAAAUUCUAGCGCCAGCCAAUGAGGAGGCAGUUUAUUCACAAAGCUAGGUCUUAUUUUUAUACAUUCCUUUAAGCAAAUAUACUUUACGUUGUCGACAAAAAUCACGCAACCUAAAACGAAUAUUUGGGUUUUCAAUCAGGUCUGAAGUUUCGUUUUAAAAAGUUUGAAAAUGUUUUACAAUCUGAGCCAAAAAUUUGAGAAUUAUCUGGAGCUUUUUUUCAGUGUAACAUCUUGCAUAGUUUUUUAGCUACAAAGCAGAUAUUAGUCCAAUUGUACAGGAUUGGAUUGUUUUGGUAAAGUUAUGAAAAAGUAAGUGUGUUUUUGACGGACUUUCGAGAGAAGACGAGAAAGAUUGAGAUAAAGAAUAGUUUUGGGACGUUAAGACUAAAAGGAAAGUGCAAAAUGUUUAGUUUUGCAAAAGAAAAUAGGUUUGAACGUAUAUUUGUAAGUAGGGGAAGAGAAGAUAUAGAAGGAUUUUUGGAAAGUGAAAAACUGUUGAUGGAAAUGGAAUUAAAGAAAAUGGUGGAAUGUGUGUAACUAAAAGCAAUAAAGAUGUAAGAUUGCAUUGAA